UAUUUAUUUAUUUAAUCAGCGACAGUACACAUUGUUAGUACAUAAAAAUAUGUAAGAUGCGCUAGAUUUAGCCAACAUGGCUAUUUUUCAUCCUUUGUCCCUUUUGCAGUUAAAGACAUAGACUCACAAAUACUACCAUACCAGAAUAGCAAUAAAUGUUCACAAUUUUGAUUCAACAUUAACUAUAUUUUCAGCUUUUGAGAAACCACAAUGACAUGUUAUUUGUUUACUUCUUUCAACUCCAUUGAAUGUCUAUUCCACGUGUUCCUCUAAAAACCAAAGAUAGCUGCUAAAUGUAGUUCUUAGUGGCACCUUACCUUACAAUCACCAGCUUGUGUACAGUCCUGUUAUCUGACCAAUAUAAUCCUUAAAAACACGGGGAGCAAGGCCAUUUUGAAUCUACUAAUUUAGUCUUUUUUUACAUUUAUUGUUUUAGCUGUUAAUGUGUUUGCUUUUGUUUUACAAUUUUUUUAAUAAAGCUUUUCCUCGCCCUCUCAAUGUAUGAACAUGGUUUUGUUACACUUAAAGUAGCUAUGGUUUUGGCCGUUUGACUACCAUUUGUAUGACCACAGUUUUACCAUAAAUACCAUGUCUUUUUGUUUGUUUUGUAGUUACCAUGGUAAAAAAAUAAUUAUAAAUGCUUUAAAAGUUUCGGGAGAAAUUAGUAGAAAUCUGGCAAUAUCAUGAUUAAUAUCUGAAUGUAAGACAUUAAAUAAUAAUCCUACCCUGUGCUGGCUAAAUAUUAGAAUUAAGACCCAUAAACACAUAAUAAAUAAUUCUGAAUAUUCUCAGAAAUGAAAUGUUAACUUCUUUAAGUCAGUUCUAUGUAGUUCUGUUCUUGUUCAUUCGUAUGUAAACAAACAGUGGCAGUCCAUUAUAAAUGCUUCUUUUAAUAAUGAUGUUGUGUUUGUCUUCAGAUGUUGACCAUGAGAGUGCAGAUGGAUGUGAACUGCUGUAAAUCGGUGGGAACGGAUCUGUCCAUGCUGGAUAUUGAGGAUUUCAUCACUGAAAUCUGUCAGCUGAAGAAAGAGGUGGCGUCACUGGAGGCAAAGCUGAGAGAAAGAGGAGACAAACCCAACAGAGAGGUUUCAGUGUGUGUGACUGAUGGGACAGAAGCUCAGGAUUCAGUCUGGAGAUCCAGAGACACACAGGACUCAGAGCUCAGCCUCACUUUACUGUGUUAUACUGACGCUCAGGAUCAUGGAUCCGCUGAUCAAACCUCUGACUGUAACGCUGGAGAACUGCAGAUGAAGAUGUGCUCCGUCAAACUGGAGGACUGCAGGUACCUGAUAGAGAGACGAGGAGAAGAAACCACAGCAGAGGAACAACAACAGAGCUUUAAGGAGGAGGAGGAGGAGGAUGAAGAUGAAGAUCAGGAUAAUAAUGUUGAUGAAGAUCAGAAUGAUGAUGAGAAUUAUGAAGAUGAAGAUCAGAAUGAUGUUGUUGAUGACUUUGUUCCUUCAGAGGACAAUGCUGGUUCAUCUUCUGAUGAAGAAACUGCCUCUACAUCCAAACAGCGACAGACAAGAAAGAGAUUCUCCUGUGGAAAAACAUUCAGCAAACAGGAAAAUUUAGCCGGAAAUGACAUAAAACACACAGAACAGAAAGACUUCACCUGCACAAGAUGCGACAUCAGCUUUCCUACCUCAAAAGAGAGGAGACUUCAUUCAAAAGAGCACACCGUGAAGGAGGAGUUUCGCUGCGAACAGUGCGGGAAGGAUUUUUUCACCACUGCUCAGAAUAUGAGAGCUCAUAUUAAGACGCACAGCGAAAAGACUUUCCACUGCAGCGAGUGCGACAAGUGUUUCCGCACCACACAACAACUUUCAAUGCAUAAGCGAAGCCACACUGGCGAAAAGCCGUACAAAUGCCCUCACUGUGAGAAGAACUUCAGCUUGAGAUCUGGUCUGAGGAGCCAUGUACGCACACACACCAAUGAGAGGCCGUACAAAUGCAGUGAAUGUGAGAAGAGCUUCAACCAGAGAUCCCAUCUGAAUAAACAUCUACUCAUACACACCAAUGAGAGGCCGUACAAGUGCGCUCAAUGUGAAAAGAGCUUCAACCAGGAAUGGGGUCUGAAGUGCCAUCAACUCAUACACAGCAAUAAAAGGCUGUACAAGUGUCCUCACUGCGAGAAGAGCUUCAACCAGGGAUCGUCUCUGAAGAACCAUCUACUCACACACUCCAGUGAGAGGCCGUACAAGUGUCCUCACUGCGAGAAGAGCUACAAAGAGGGAUGUAAACUGAAGAAACAUCUACUCAUACACGCCAAAGAGAGUCUGAUCGAGUACCCUCAAUGUGAGAAGAGCUUCAACCAGGAAUCUAAACCGAAUAAACUUCCACUAGCACACACCAAGGAGAGGCCGUUUCAGUGCAGUGAAUGUGAGAAAACCUUUACAAACUCAACUUAUCUAAAGGCACACAAAAAAAUACACAAUGAAUUCAAACCGUACCAGUGUUCUCACUGUGAGAAACGUUUCCAUCAUUCGACUCACCGGAAAACCCAUGAGAGGAUUCACACCGGAGAGAAACCGUACCUGUGCUCCUUCUGCGGGAAGAGCUUUGCUAGUCCAUAUUCAUUCAAAGUUCAUCUGAGAGUUCACACUGGAGAAAGACCGUAUCACUGUAGUUAUUGUGGGAAGGGAUUUUAUAAGCUAAGUGACUUAAAAAUACACAAGAGGAUUCAUACAGGAGAAAAACCUUUUAAAUGCACACAAUGUGACAGGAAUUUCACUCGAUCAAGUGACCUAAAGAUCCAUGAUCGAUGGCAUACAGGAGAGAAACCUUACCACUGCUCCAUCUGUGGCGAGAGAUUUGCUUUUAAAUGGGGUUUUCAGACUCACCAGAAGAAACACGCUGCUCCAGAAUCAUCAUAGCUUCGUGUCUUAUUUUUAGUGUUAUGGGAACGUUAUUUUAUGUUUGUAAAAAGUAAAACCUAAAACCACAAUAUCUGUGGAACAUUAUUUACUGUGUAGAAAUGAAUCCUCUGGAUCCUUUCUUUUUGACAACUUUAAAUUCUCUGUAAUGUCCUGAUCAGUGUUUGUUAUUGGAUUCAAGUGUGUGUUUAUCACUUUAAUCUCUUGAAUGAUACUUAUUGCUAAGUGAGUGCGUAAGUAGAUCAACUUUGUAAGGUGCAUAAGUACUGGCUUAAAUACCUCGUUGCUUAGUUUAGAUUUUAGUCAUUUGCAGACUAUAGGCUUUGCUGUGCUAAAUUUAAGGGCGUGGACCAACUCCUCGAGUGAAGACCAAGAGCUCGGGCGAUUAAAAAUGUAAUUUAAAAUUUAAAAUAAUGUAAUUUAAAAUUACUGUUUUCUAUUGAAUUUAUAUUCAAAUGUUUGUUUUUCAGUGAGUCAAAGCAGCUUUUGACUGGUCGUUACCCCAGUCUUCAGUGUUGCAUGAUCUUUCAGAAAUCAUUCUAAUACGCUGAUUUACUGCUCAAGAAAGCUUGUUGAAGUAACAGUUGAAAAUGCUUGUGGAAACUGACGAAGUACUGUUUUCCAGGAUUCAUAGACCAACAGAAUGAGCAAAGAACAGCAUUUAUUUAAAAUAAAAAGUUUCUGGAACAUUUUUUUAAAAUAAAAUA